CUUUUCUCUUCUUCCCCACUACUUCCUCUUCUUCAACCUCCUUCCUCCUGGGUGUGAUCAUAUACCCCUAGAACAUCCACCACCUUUCAACCUCCCUCUCCAAGCAAAACACCUAUCCCGCUCUCAAAAUGGGCUCCGAAACCCCCACCAACGCCCUCUGGACCACCCAGUCCGUCCUCGCAACCCUGCCCCACCCACCCGAAGAGAACGCCAGCACGCCCAUCCCGUUCUUCCACCUCCUGGAGCGGCUGAAGACGACCAAGCGCGAAGGCUGGCGCCGGUUCGGGAUCAACGCGGGCGAAUCCAUCUCGGACCACAUGUACCGGAUGUCGAUCAUGACGAUGCUGGCGCCGGCGGCGCUGGCGCCGCGGCUGAACCUGGCGCACUGCAUGAAGAUGGCGCUGAUCCACGACAUGGCCGAGUCGCUGGUGGGGGACAUCACGCCGGUGGACAAGGUCGACAAGACGGAGAAGGCGCGGCGCGAGGCGGCCGUGAUGGACUACAUCGCCGGCACGCUGCUGGCCGGGGUGCCGGGCACCGGCGCGUCGACGGGGCAGGAGAUCCUGGCCGUGUUCCACGAGUACGAGGCCAACGAGACGCUGGAGGCGCAGUUCGUGCACGACGUCGACAAGAUGGAGCUGCUGCUGCAGAUGGUCGAGUACGAGCGCGCCAGCGGCGUGGACCUGACGGAGUUCUGCCAUGUGGCCGGCCGGAUUCAGUUGCCCGAAGUGAAGGAGUGGGCAGCGACGGUGAUGCAGGAGCGGGAGGCGUUCUGGGCUGGGAAGAAGGCUGCUGGUGCUGCUGCCAACGGGCCGUCGUCGGCGUGAGAGCGGAAUGAUGGGGCAAUGACAUAUCUCCGGCGUUGUUUUUGGGAGGGGCGUUUGAUUAGGAACCCACGAUCACGAUGGGAAACAUGAAAUUCGGACAUAGAGAUUCGUUAAGGAUUAUAGACUAGCAUGAAUCAAUCAUAGCGCUCUUCA